AUGGAUUAUUCUACUAAUGUUACAUAUUUAUUUUUGGAAGGGCAUGUGGAGUUGGAGAAAUAUAGAUAUGUUUACUUUGUAAUUACUCUCACAGUUUACAUUCUGAUAAUUUGUUGUAAUGUUGUUGUCCUUUCUAUUAUUUACACAAACAAAUGUCUCCAUGAGCCGAUGUACAUUUUCAUUGCUGCUUUACUCUGCAAUGGUCUCUUUGGAACAGCUGCCUUAUAUCCUAAAUUACUGAGUGAUUUUCUUUCUGAAAAACAAAUUAUCUCUCAUGGAGCCUGUCUGUUUCAGGCCUUUUGGCUUUACACAUGUGCUGCAUCAGAGUUCACACUGUUAUCAGCUAUGGCCUAUGACAGAUAUGUGUCCAUAUGUAAACCAUUACAAUAUGCAACUCUUGUAAAAAUGUCCACUGUGAAAAAGAUCUUAUUUUUCUGUUGGUUUGUGCCUUCCUGUGAAAUUGGCAUAUCAAUAAUAUUAACAUACCGACAGCUGUGCGAAUUUAAAUUAAAAAGAAUAUACUGCAAUAAUUACUCAAUUGCUAAAUUAAGUUGUGGAGACAUAACUGCUAUGAGUACAUAUGGACUGAUUCUUCUAAGCAUUGUUGUAUUUCCAACAGUGAUCUUCAUAAUCUACUCAUAUGUUAAAAUAAUUGAUGUGUGUUUAAAGAGUUCAAAAGAUUUCAGAAGAAAAGCUCUACAGACCUGCUUCCCACACCUUCUCAUUUUCAUCAGUUUUGCUGUUACUGUGUGUUUUGAAGUUAUUAACAGCAGACUAGAAGGAAAUAUGCCUCAUAUAUUUGCUAUGAUAAUGUCAGCUGAAAACUUUGUCGUCCCUCCUCUAAUCAAUCCUGUCAUAUAUGGACUGAAACUGCAAGAGAUUUGGAAUAGGAUUAAGAAAAUGAUUUGGAAGAGAAAUAUGCAUGUCUUUGCAGAUUGA